AUGAUUUACUUCGAAUUGAUUCUAAACCUCUUUCUAACCGCUCUUAUAUACUUUGUUAAUUGUUGAUAGACAUCAAUAGCUAAAGUGAAAAAAAGUAUUAACGUGAAACCACCUACAUUAAUCCAACCUAAAAGUUCAGCUGAGUUCUUGUUUUAAUUAAAUUUAAUAAUAUCAUAAACAGAAAAGAGUAUUACAUUAACCAAAACCAGAAUUUCUGUGAUGAAUAUUUUAAUAUUUUCAAAAUUGUUCUCAAAAGGCUUAUAAAUAUAAAUAUAACAAGAAAAUGCUCCUGAUAUACAAGCUGUAAUUAAACUCUAAGCAGCCAGAAGUUCUUAAAAUACAACUAAAUUAAUAAUGAAUAAAGUUUUUUUAAUGAGCAAUAGAGUAAAAUAUUAUUUAGUUCCUUAUUUACAAUUAUUAUUAAUUCCUUCCACUAAAACUGAUAAUUUCUUCGGGACUGUUCCUCUUUUUGCUAAAUAAGAAAAAAAAACUGCUAUCAAGAAUAGAUUCCCUUAUAGUGUAAUUAAUGCUAUUAAAGAGAUGGUUCUAUUUAAAGUAGUAUCAGUAUUGUAAUUGGCAAUUUAUAAUAUCGAUGCAAAGGUUAUAUCAUAAAAAUUAGAAGUAAAAAUUCUGAUUAAUCCAGAAUAAAUAAAAUACUGA